AUGGAUCGCAACUUCGUCUCAACUCAAGCAACAGACGACAGUCAGUUCUGUCACGCUGGUGAAAGAAACGCAUUCCAAGCCUUCCUUCGAUACCUUAUAGGGGAUGUGAUACUUGAAAGUCUUGCCUCUCUGGAUAUUAAAUUUACUGAGUCUUUCAAGUCGGACCUUUUUCAUUCCUUGAUUUACGAGACAACGACAGCAAAGUAUCUAAAUCACGAGAGAUCUGAUACAACGAAGUUUAUCGCUUCCUCACAGGAAUCUCUAGGAAUUCGAACAAAAGGUCACCAGGCUUUGAUGAAAGAUAUAGGGGCUGCAUUUGAAUCCUACUUGUCUAACGGCACAGAAAAUGCCAAAUGUGAGCUCCUUUUGGAUCUUUGCCGAACUCUUAUUCCGACUAUCGAAUUAAAGGUGAUCGACGAAGCUUUAGCCGCAUUGUAUCAACGCUUUGGGAUCCUGGGCCUCCACAACUAUCAGGCGUUGCUUCUAGAGACAUUUCCGACACACCAAUUUCACAACCGCUUCCGCGCGACAUACUUCGAGGAGAAGCCCAUCAUCGAUACGAACGGAAGUGUCUUUGCAGAGACAAAUGCUGGAAUAGAGUCUGCUCCCAGACGUUUUUCAGUCAAAGAUCCUCGAGUUCCUAGUUCUCAAUUUAAGCGUUUGCAAACGAAGUUGAGUCUUCUUUUAUUCAGAGAAGCAUAUAACGAGGCCGAGAAAGUACUCACUACCUUGCUCCGUAUUGCAAAUGAUCAUAGCCUGAACCCGUCAGGGCGGCUCAAUGAAUGUGAAUCGGACACAGUACACGGGAUGAGGAACAUCUUCGAGGGUGAUUCUAGGAACGCAAUGUUGCGUGCGUUAGAUUGCGAUUCCAAUUUCGAAUCGAAGUUUGGUUGGCUUCGACCACACCUCACAGCUGUUGCGGAAGAUCGACAAAUUGGUGAAGAAGUCAAAAGAUCUAAACCAGAGGCUAAAAAGAACGAAGCUGUCUCCACAGGAUAUAUUCCUAGAAAUAAUGUUGGAAAGAAGAGUCCCGUUCUCAAACUAUUGCCAGAAUCGAGCUUCAUGGCUAUGAGGGUACAGACGUGA